AUAUCUACUAUCUAAUUACUAUCAAAGGAUUCAUCAUAGCUUCGUCUUUACAUUUUACAUUGCAACUGGAACGCACCAUGAGCAUAGCCGAAGCUACCUAGCAAACGCUUGCCGUGCUAAACAUUUGGGACAUGAGGACUUCGUUAACGACUAAAUAAUGGAAGAGAAGGAGCGCUUUGCCUUUUUGGCAGAAUGGUACGAUCCGAUGGCAGCUCUGCUGCGGCGCUACCAGCUCUUUUACUACCCCCAUGACCACACUGUGGAGAUGUUUGACGUGAAGAACCAGCGUAUUUUCCUCCGCCGGACCAAAUACGGCGACCUGCACCAGAGGGAUCUGUUUGUGGGCAACCGGGUCAACGUCUUCUCUCGGCAGCUCAACAUUGUCGACUACGGCGACCAAUACACGGCCAGCAAGCUGGGCAGCAAAAAAGAACGGACCCUCGCGCUGCUCAAGCCCGACGCCGUCAGCAAGCUUGGAGAUGUCUUGGAAAUGGUCAACCAGGCCAAUCUGAUGGUCACCAACGCCAAGAUGACGCACUUGACAUGGAGCCAAGCUGCAGACUUUUAUGUGGAGCAUCAGUCAAAGUCCUUCUUCAAUUCCUUGGUGCAGCAGCUGUGCUCCGGUCCCGUGGUGGCGUUGGAGCUGGUGGGCGAUGAGGCAGUGUCCGUCUGGAAGAACUUUGUGGGAUCCUCGGACGCGGCGGUGGCACACAAGGAGGCGCCGCACAGCGCACGCAGCCAGUUUGGGAGAGAUCUGGCACACGGCUCCGACUCGCUUACCUCCGCCGCCAGAGAGCUGGAGUUUUUUUUCCCGACCACUAUCUGCCACGGCCCCCUCAACACGGCCCUCUACUCCCAGUGCACGUGUUGCAUCAUCAAACCGCAUGCCGUCUCCCAGGGGCUGGCCGGCAAGAUCAUCAACUCCAUUACCGCAGCCGGCUUUCACAUCUCGGCUCUGCAAAUGUUCAACGUGGACCGAGCCAAUGCCGAGGAGUUCUACGAAGUUUACAAAGGCGUCGUGACGGAAUACUUGGACAUGGUGACCGAGCUGUCUUUGGGAACCUGCAUGGUCAUGGAGCUCCACGGCGCCGACGUAGCCAAGACCUUCCGCGAAUUCUGCGGGCCCGCUGAUCCGGACAUUGCUCGCCACCUGCGACCGGCCACGCUGCGAGCCAUUUACGGCACCGACAAAGUCAAAAACGCUGUCCAUUGCACAGACCUUCCUGAAGAUGCCAUCCUGGAGGUGCAGUAUUUCUUCAAAAUCCUGGACGGCUGACUCCAAACAAAGUCACGACACAUCAAGAUCUUGUUGUUUGUUUCUCACGGAUAAAAGUGUGACCAGAAGACACGCUGACAAGUGUUUAGAUAAUUAUCAUCAUGACUAGGGCCCAACCCAUAAAUCGAGACAAAAUUAGCUCCUUUAUCAUUGGCGGAAUUUUUUAAAUGUUUGACUAACAUCCGUUUAAAUUUUACUCAUAAGCGUUUGAGAGCGAAGAGAGUAACCAAAUUAUUUUUGCGAUUUUGAAGUCACCCUUUUAUCUAUUUGAUUUUCAUGAUGAUUCAAAUUUGGCCCGGUUGUCAACUACGCUCUCUUCUCUGUGGUAUGUCAAAUACAAAGACUUUUAUUUUUACUUUACCGUUCAUGAAACAUCACUGCUCAAAUGAACUAUAGUUUGAAGUAUUGAUUUUGAUUUGAGAAUUCAUUUUAGUGCAUAACAAUCUGGUUCUGGAAAAAAUUUUGUGUCCACAGAAUGCUUAUUUUACUCAUUCUAAUCACGAUAAAGAUAAAAUUUCAAAAAGAGCCUAGACAGCUGAUGGAAAGAAACUGACACAGAACCACCACUUUGACUUUGUUGUUGUUGUUGUUUUAUUGUUUCAUCCAGAUUAAAUAAAGUGACCAGAAGGCUCCUGACAAA